UACUCAGUCAGCACCAUGGGACUCACGUCUAACUCCGGGUUCUACCUGAGCCGCAAGGUGGUCGUCCUUGCGGUGGUGGCACUCGGAGCGCUACUGCUGUCUGUGGCGGUGCUUAGCUCCUUCGUCGUCCCCUGCAGUCACACACCUUCGCAGCCGUCGGAGAAGUCCAGGACCGUGCCUAGGGCUGCACCGGCUAUCCAGGGGGUGGCCUUCAAGCAGCAAGCGGAGGAAGAGAAAAAGGCGACCAAGACUAGCAACAUCCGCGGCCCCGGGACUCGGCCGAGCGUCAGGAGACCCUCCUGGUCCUGGGACCACCGGAGUCAGUCCACCUCCGGGCCCCUGAACCACCCAAACCUGACCACCUCCGGGCCCCUGGACCGCCCGACCCUGUCCACCUCCGGGCCCCUGGACGACACAAACCUGACCACCUCCGGGCCCCUGGACCACCCGACCCUGUCCACCUCCGGGCCCCUGGAUGACACAAACCAGACCACCUCCGGGCCCCUGGACCACCCGACCCUGUCCAGCUCCAGUUCCCAGCCCCAGUCUACCUCUGAACCCUGGAAGCAUCAGCGCCUGCCCUCCGACGUGGUGCGCCUGCCCUCCGACGUGGUGCCCCUGCACUACGACCUGGAGCUCUGGGUUCCGCUGCAGCCGGACCAAAUUGCCAACUCCUCCAAGUCCUUCAGCGGGCGGCUCAACAUCACUGUGAAAUGCGUCUCCCCGACCACCCGGGUGCUGAUCCACAGCUUGCACCUAGACUACGAGGGCGCCAAGGUGCUGGGUCCCUUGCCUGAGGGCCCCGGGGCUGACCGGGAGCAGUGGCCAGUGGGCCAGGUGUCGGUGAACAACUUGUGGAAGUUCCUGGAGAUGGAGUACCUGGUGAUGGAACUGAGUGAAACCUUGAAGCCCGGCAGCCACUAUGUGCUGCAGUUCGACUUCUCCGGCUUAGUGAACCAGACCGACAAAGAUGGGCUCUUCAGAAACUUAUAUACCGACCAGGGAGAGACUAGGGCUCUGAUUGCUUCUCAACUGGAACCAACACAUGCCAGGAGAAUUUUCCCCUGUUUUGAUGAGCCAGCUAUGAAGGCAACCUUCAGUAUCACAAUUGUUCACCAUCCUACUUAUGUGGCUCUUUCCAACAUGCCAGUCCUAGCGACAUCUGAAAGAGAAGAUGUAAAGGGAAACAAAUGGAUUGUUACCAGCUUUGAAACUACUCCCCUAAUGUCAACAUAUAUAACUGCGUUUGCUGUAUGUGACUACAAUUAUGUCAAUGGAACUGAAAGGGGCAAGGAGGUACGGAUUUGGGCUCGGAAAGAUGCAGUUGCUGAAGGCGGAGCAGACUUUGCUUUGAGUAUUGCAGGCCCUAUCUUCUCAAAGCUGGAAGAUUUAUUUAAUGUUGGUUAUCCUCUUCCAAAAAUAGAUCUCAUCGGGUUUCCUAUUUUUAAUACACAAGCAAUGGAAAAUUGGGGACUAAUAACAUUUGAUGAUUUUGUGUUGGUGCAAGAGAAGGACGACCACCCCGAGAGAAAAAGCAUCAUUUUGUCCACUGUUGCACAUGAAAUUGCACAUCAGUGGUUUGGAAACUUAGUUACCGCAAAGUGGUGGAAUGAUAUUUGGCUCAAUGAAGGAUUUGCAACCUAUUUUGAGUAUUAUACAACUAAACAUUUUGAUCCUCAAAUAUUCAAAUUUCAGAAUGAAUUCUUUUAUUAUUCUGAUAUGAAAGAUGUUUACAAAGAAGAUCAUGCGAUGAUGCACCGAACUGUAUCCACAGAAGUGAAAAAUUAUGCAAAUACACAAGAAAUAAGUGAUCUUUUUGACUUAUAUAUUUAUAAAAAGGGAGGUUGUGUAAUCCGGAUGAUGUCAAAUUUUCUCAGUGAGAAUCUGUUCCUUAGAGGAAUUGAAUCAUAUUUGAAAACAUUUGCGUUCUCUAAUGCUGAGCAAGAUGAUCUGUGGAAUCAUCUUCAAAUGGUUCUAGACAACCAGACUGAAAUUCUCUUGCCAGCAUCAGUAAAAAGCAUAAUGGACAAAUGGACGCACCAGAGUGGAUUUCCAAUUAUAACAUUAGAUGUGUCUACUGGCAUGGUCAACCAAGAACCAUUUUUUCUUGCUAAUUAUAAAAACCAGAUGACUACCCUCCACAAUAACACAUGGAUUGUCCCCAUUACUUGGACAAAAAAUGGAAUUGUACAACCAUUAGUCUGGCUAGAUGAAAGCAGCAAAAUAUUUCCUGAAAUGCAACUAUCGUAUUCAGAACAUGACUGGGUGACUUUAAAUUUGAAUACAACUGGAUAUUAUAUGGUUAAUUAUGAUCAAUUGGGUUGGAAGAAAAUAAGCUUAUUGCUUCAAAAAGAUCCAAAGGCUAUUCCAGCCACUGACAGGAUGAAGCUGUUUGAUGAUGCCUUUAGAUUGUCUUGGAAUGAUUAUAUUGAAAUUGAAACUGUCCUUGAUUUAACCAAGUACCUUGCCAAAGAAGAAGAAGUCAUAGUGUGGGAUACAGUUUUGCAAAACCUACUAACUUCUGAUAUCUUUGUCAAUUUGAAUAACCACGAUAUAUAUCCCUUAUUUAAGAAAUAUUUAUUAAAGAGAAUUACUCCAAUGUGGCGUAUUUACUCAACCAAAAUUCGUGAAAAUAACUUAGAAGAUGACAUUAUGGCUAUACUAUCCCUGAGAAGUGUAUUUGGAGCAGCAUGUUGGUUGGGACUUGAAGACUGUCUACAGCUGUCAAAGGAAAUGUUCUCAAAGUGGAUGAAUCAUUCAGAGAUCAUUAAAAAUUCUAAUCUCAUUACAUAUGAAGUGAUGUGUUACGGUAUUGCCAUGGGAAGCGAUAGAGAAUGGGACUUUUUGUUGAACGUUUGUGAAAACAAAUCUGAAGGCAAUAGGGAUGGAAUAAUACGUUCAUUGUCCUGCAGCAAAGAGCCAUGGAUACUUUACAGGUAUAUGGAAUAUGCUUUGAAUGCAAAUUUGUUCGGUUCUGACUCGGCAAAAGUCAUUCAAAAUGUGGCAGCAACUGAAGUUGGCCGGCUUGUAGUCAAGGACUUUUUAGUCAACAACUGGCAAGCUGUAAUGGAAAAGUUUGGGAAAGAAAAUGUAUUCUAUCUAGCACAUAUUCUUGCAAAACCUAUAUCCACAAAUGCACAGAUCCAUGAAUUACAGCAACUUUUCGGUAACAUGCUAGGAGAGAAAAUCACGAAUGUGCUUCAUACACACCUACACAAAGAAAUGGAGCGUAAUAAGCAAAAUGACAGGAAGAUUGCUCAGAUCGCUAACUGGCUAAAGAAAAAUAUGGCUGAUUAA